AGUCACCCGCUGGAACACCAGAAAAUUAUUGGUGUUUAGUAACGGUUAAAUUGGUUAAUUAUGUAUCGUAUGCAAUUAAUAAUAUGAUCAAUGAUAUUAUUGUUUUACUGAUAGGUACCUAAACUAGAUAUUUAUAUUUUUUUGAAGCGUCGACGCAUAGGUAGUGAUUGGGAGUGCUUGGGGAGCUUAGUUCCCCCAAAAUUAUUGAACAUUUUUCAAAGUAUUAAAUAGGUACCUAUUAUGCAACAAUGCAAUGAACGAUUUAGGCCCCUCUAAAAUUCAAUCAAAUAUCCGCCUAUGCGUUGACGUAAAUGUUAUCGAACAAACACAGUUUAGUCGAUGUUCUUGGUUACUAUGAGUAUGUGUAUUGUGUAAUGUACUAGAACUACAAAAAUAUUUUAUUUUUUGUUGCUUGAAUUAAUUACUGUUAUGAUUUCAACGUUCGUGUAAAAUGGAUUCUGAUUCAUUGGAUUGGAUAUGGGGAGAUUUUAACAACUCGUCUAAUCUGGCCGAGUUGAUUGAAGAAGACGAAGACGAUAACUACACAUCGUUUGAUAGUGAUAAUGACGAUAAAUCAGACACUAACUCCGAUUCGAGUUCCAACAACGAUUGUUCGUUGUUAAUUGGUGAUAAAAGAACUGCACAAGAACUGAAUGAAAUUAUCAACGACAUCAAGAAUCAACAUGACAAAACGUUGUCCGAAUUAGAUUCAACGACUGAUGAUGAAUACGAAAACGAUAAUCACGAAACUGUCGAUAAAUUUUACACUGAUGUUUUGGAAUCAGUAAAAACUAUGUUGACGGAUGUCGAAUUAGAAUGGUUAGAUACAUUGUAUCAAUGUAUUUUAAAUGAGAAAAAUAUACCAGAGUCUUAUAAAAAAACUACAAGUAUUGAAAAGCUAAUAAAUUUGUACGCCAACAAUUUUAUUGAACAGUUUAAAAUAAAAUAUCCAAAUAGAAGACAAUUGGUUUUAGUACUUCUAAAUGAAUGUGGUGUACAGAAAUGUGUUUGCACUACAAUCAAACCAUCUAGAUUAGUUUAUCCCAAUCUGAAAGAUUUGAUCAGUUACAGUGAAUUUGUUGCUAAACAUAUAACAUAUAUCAAGUUGGAAGAUCCCUUGGCUGUGCCUAACAAAAUCAUGUCUCCUACAACAACAUUAGAAAUGCAAACUGCCAACUGUUUUGAAAUGGCGAUACUAUUAGUAUCUUUUUUAAUUGGUUGUGAAUACAAUGCUUUUGUUGUGUACGGUUAUGCCUCAAAAAUCGUGUGCAAUAAUGAUCUAAGAAAAGUCAAGUUAGACUGGGAAGAAUAUGAUAAACAUAAGUCAGAUUCAGAAAAUAUUACGGAAGAUUUUGAUGAUGCGCAUUUUUUAAAACCUAAGAAUGAUUUGUGCAGUGAGUAUAUUAAGUUUCUAAUAGAAGAAGAAAAAAAAAAAAUGAUGGUCAAAGAUGAAGUAAAAGAGGUUGACUUUAAUUAUUCAUCUGAUCCAUUAUUUGAGAAACGAGUGCAUGCUUGGGUCAUAGUUAUACCAUUGAAAAAUGAGGACGAAAAUAUGAACGAAAUUCCAUUUUUUAUUGAACCUAGUACUGGUGAGCGGAAAGAAGUUUCUAAUGAGAAUUAUAUUGGAAUAGAAGCGAUUUGGAAUAAUAGAAAUUAUUGGGUUAAUUUACAAUCAUUGAAUGGAGGUUGUACGCAGUAUAAUUUUACUUUGACGAAUACGAAGUGUUGGGAACAUUUUUUACCAGAUGAACAUCAUAGUUUACAGGGGGGAACAUUAGAUUUUAAACAUAAUGAAAAUACAUCAUUCAAUCAUCUUGUGAUGCCUAACUCGUGGGUUAACGUUUUACAAGUUCCUAGGAACAAAUAUCUCAUGCUAUAUCCAAGCGGUAAAAAAGUUGUGACAUAUAUGAAUGCAAUCAAAGAGUUUUAUUCUGAUUACAUCAUGCCUGAUGGAUUGAUUGAAAAAACCUCAUUCUUCACUAAUUCUGAUUACGUUAAUACAACAUUUGUUACGGAAAUAUAUAAAUAUAGAAUAGACAAAUUAAUCAGAGUUGAAACAAAAUAUACCACUAAAGAAAAAGAAACUGUAGAAUAUUUUGAAAGCGGCCGGGAUGACUUUUUAAAAACACAUAAGUUUUAUGGCAAUUGUAACAAUAUACAGAACAAACAUUUUGUUACGUUUUAUAAUUUGAGACUUGAUUCAAUGGCUGAAUUACAAAUUGAUGAAAAUAGUUUCAUAACUACGUUUAAUGAGAGACCGGAUUUAUUAUUUUGGCGUAAGUGUAUAUUUCAAAAAACAGAAAAUAAUAAUUAUCAAAAUUUAAACAUCAAAAGGAAAUCUAUGAGUAUCGUUGAAAAAUAUUUGAGAGAUAAAUCAAAACAUAAAGAUCGAGAUAUUGCAACUAUAAGUUUCAAUCUUGAAUUUAAUAGUAUUUAUGUUCAAUAUCAAUAUGGUGAAGGACAAAUAACCCAGUCAAGUAGAUUAUUUCAAAAGCCCACUUCUAUAAGAAAAGAAGAUUUUGAUCCUAAAUCUGUUAUUGAAGAUAUUGUUUAUCCAUAUGAGGGUCAUUUAAAAACUCAUGAAGCGUAUGUUAUGUUACGAGAUUUGAUUGAAGCCGAAAAAGAAGCACUACAUAACGUAUCAAAACUAGAGGAUGAUAUUAUAAAAAUAUUAGGAAUACGAAGUCGAGAACGAACAGAGUUUAAGUUACAGAUUGAUUCAUUGGAUUGGGAUAGAAAUCAUAAAAUCAGAAAAUUACUCCAAAACGAAAAAGAUAAAAAACUCGCUCUUUCUAAACGAGAUAAAAAAACAAACACUGAUAACUCUUUACCAUAUUGUGUAAUCAUUCAAAGGUAUUUUACACAAGAUAUGAAUGCUUUUAAUGUUCGUGAAAAAAUCAUACAAAAUUUUAGACAAAAUACUAAAAAACAAUUUUUACGAACUAAAAAAUUAUUUAUAACGAAAAAAUUCAAGUUGCAGUCCACGAUGAAAGCAUUAGAAACCGACCGUUUCACAGAGGUUGAACUCAAAAAUAAAACGUUAAUAUUGUGCUCGUUGUUGAAAAACGAACUUAAUGCAUUAGUGUUGAAAAUGGAAAGAUACAAUCAAACUCGUAUUGAGAGAUAUAAUAAUUUGGCAUCAUACUUAAAUAGUUAUCCUGAUUUUAAAACUUUAUUACCUUUA